UAUCCGGGCUCCAGGAGUCGGUCAUGGACGAGAUGCUCACGUCAGCGUGGAGCGGUCCCGUCGUGUUCAGGGGAAUCCACUUCAGGGUGGGUUACCUGAUUAUCGACUGCCUGGAUGAAGGCUCAGCUGAGUGGCUCAAGAUUGCCGUACCUCAGCUGCGGACGUGGAAGGGAGUACCCCUAGAAACCCGCACGGGAGCAGACAUCCCGGCAGCAUACAACGCCACGUUGUUCUGCCCGAGGAGCUCCGACCGGACCAAUGAGGAAAUAUUGGCCUUCAUUGGUUUCCAAAACCGGGUCGAGACGGACGCCUGGAAGGUCAUCUCCAGGAAGAACGACGGAGCUGGUGCACUCUUGGUCGUAGGGAUGGACCAGACCGGAAGGGAUGAGAUAGUGGAGCGUGACCACAAACUCAACUUCCGGUUUGGCCACGUCACCGUGAGCGGUCUGAAAAAGACCAAGAGAGCUCCGGAAGAGACGCCCAAUGACGGCACAUGCAAGGCUGUCGAGGAUACCCUCGAACAACCGAAUGUGGAGCCGAAGUCACAGAGUGGUGAACAGGAUGAACAAUCCAUCACCAGCAUGGACAUUGGGGACGACCAAGGGGAUGGACACCCUAUGUCAUCCCAGGAGCUGGUCCAGGAGCUCCUCCUGGACGAAAGCUGCGAAGAAGCCGAGGUUACCGUGAUAGCCGGUGGUGGAGAGACUUGCUCUCUCUCUUCACCAGACCUCACGGAGCAUCAAACCUCGGAGUGAUGGCUGCAACAUGCAGCACUCGGAUAGCCCAGGUAAACAUCCAUCGGGCCAAAGCAGCAUCUGCUGUCUUGGCGAGGAUGUUCACCUCCCAACACCUCGGGCUAGCCCUUGUACAGGAGCCAUGGUGGCACCAUGGCAUAAAAGGCCUGUACACGAAGGACACUAAGAGUUCAUGAGCAGAGACUGCGUCGCCGUAACCAUCAACGGCACAGAAGCUGCACCGAAACUAGCAGUGGCCUCCGCCUACUUUGCCGGGGAGGAGGCCUGUCCACCGCCAGGAAUACCCGGGCUAGUAGACCACUGCC